AUGGCGAAAGCAGAGUCAGAUGAACGCGUCGGGCACGAGGAGUCCGCGACCCAGCCCACGAACAUUCCGCACGAUGACAAACUCCAUGGACAUGCCAUCCAACAGCAGGAACACAACCGGACCUACUUGCAGGCUCUUCGAACCGAUCCAAAACUGCUGUUCUGGAUCGGGGUCAUGCUAUGGACGCUAAUCAUGCGAGGCUUCGAAAAUCAGUCCACGGGCUCCGUCCUCAGCAUCCCGUACUUCAAGAGGCGAUUUGGCGAGCCCGACGCGACCGGCGCGUACUUUAUCUCGACCCAGUGGCAGUCAGCGUUGAGCGGUGGUGCCAACGCGGCGGCCAUCUUUGGCGCAUGCGCAGCGUCUUACUUUGCCGACAUGAUCGGUACCAAGCCUGUCGUGCUGGCAGCGGCAGCCAUCAACAUCGCUGCCAUCGGCGUGGAAUUUGCCUCGACAUCCAUCGCCAUGUACUUUGGCGGCAAGAUGAUGAACUUUGUGGCCAUCGGCGCGUUCCUCAAUGUCUGCACGGCCUACGUAGCGGACAUUUCUCCAUUGGCCAUCCGCGCCUCCGUCAUUGGGUUCUGCAACCUGUCUCAAUGCAUUGGUCCGUUCGUCUCGGCCAUCAUGUCCAACUUCACCUCCCAGUGGGACAAUGACUGGUCCUGGAAGUCUCUCAUCUGCGCCCAAUGGGGUUUCGCGGCCGUCGCCCUUGUUGGACAAAUUUUCAUGCCCGAAUCGCCAGUCUUCCUUGUGUCUAAGGGGAAGAUGAGCGCCGCCCAGGCCGUCCUGGAACGGCUCUACACUGACCCUCGUGACGCCGAGGGACAUUUGAAGCGGAUCCAGCUGACGCUGGAGCAGGCCGAAACUCAGCGCCUGUCGUCGUAUGCUGAGUGCUUCAGAGGCACCAACCUCCGCCGGACCCUCAUCGGGAUCAUGGUCUUUGCAUCCGAAGCCAUGGCCGGGCUCGGCUUCGUGUCCAACUACGGCUCCCUGAUGUAUCAGUACCUCGGUAUCGGCGACGCAGAGUCAUUCCGGAUCCAGAUCGGCGCACAGAUCCUGUCCAUCUCUGGCGCCACCAUCGCCUUCAUCAUCUCCGAUCUGUAUGGCCGUCGUCCCAUGUACCUGGGCGGCUGCAUUGGCCUCGCCGGUCUGCUAAUCUGCAUGGGCAUCUCGGGCUCCAUCAACAACUCCGCCGCGGUCACCGCUUCCGUGGGCUUCUACACCAUGUACAACUUCUUCUACAAUGUCGGCGUCGGCUCGACCGUGUACUCGCUCGCCGGCGAGAUCCCGACCUCGAUCCUGCGCGCGAAAUCGCUCGCCAUCUCCAUCUCGGUCUCUUCUGCCGCGAACACCAUGUGGUCAUUCGUGGCGCCAUACAUGUUCAACCCCGGCUACGGCAAUCUCAAGGCCAAGAUCGGGUUCGUCUUUGGCGCUUUCAUGAUCAUUUGGGCCGUCAUGGCGUAUCUGUGGGUCCCCGAGACGCGCAGACGCACCUACGAAGAGAUGGACGAGCUGUUCCGCGAGCACGUCCCCGCACGCCAGUUCAGGCACUAUGUCACUGUCGCCGAACAGCGUGCUGCCGAGGCGUACAAUGCGGAGCACGUGGAGGGUAAGGACGGGGUUGUGCAGGUUGAGCGGGUGUGA